AUGCUCGUAAUUGCAAGUCACUGGGAAUAUUUCCAGAUGUGCGAUGAUUGUCGACGUGCGGAAACAAAGGACUUUUGGCGAGCAUGCGUACAAGCUCACAAUCAGUGUACCGGUGUGAAACCAGUGCCUACUGGUAUCGACUUCUUCUUCGCCAGUUUACUAGAAGCGCGAAAGUUUUUUGACUUUCUGAAUACUGUGCUGCCUUGUAAAUACCAUUACGCUCAGGAACUUGUCUCUCAUGAUACUAAAAAUAAUACCUACGAUUACAAACAUACAUUCUGCGUUGAAAUAGUGCCUAUAUGCAGAGACAAUAUCGUCUGUAUGCCGAAGAAAGUAGCUCAACAACUAGGUAACAUGAGCCAAAUCGCGAUUUGUCUUCAGGUUUCCAAUGUGAUCACUCUUAUCGAUCCAAACAACCUCCGGAUGGCUGAUAUACAAGCGUGA